CGUGGUAUGUACGACUCAAAUGGGAAAAAUAACCCAAACGGCGCCGUAACUUUUCCCAAAAAGGGGACCAAUUUGGUGUACACACUUGCGCAAAUUAAAGUGACGAAAGAUUUUCAAAGAAUUGCCGCCCCCACGGCAAGUCUUAGUUUAGCAUUUUCCUUGACACACCCAGGAGAAGGGACAAAGGGACCAAUUCUUUAA